CCGGGUGGGGUUCCGCGCCGAGGCCGUGGGUGUGGGGGUGGUGAUGGUGGUGGUGGUGGUGAUAGCCCGAGAAGUCCGAGUACUGGGCCGGACCGGGCACUGGGAAGUUCUGCGAGCUGAGGCCGAGGCCCGGGUGUCUGCUGACGGGGUUCUGGUGGUACAUGGGGGGGUCCUUGUCCAGCUGCAGGUAGCUCACGUACAUGUUGGCCGGGGGUGGGGGGGUGGGGGGUGGGAUCGGGGGGCCCACUCACCUGACGUGCGUGCGGUGCGAGUGCGCGUCUUCACCUGCUGCCCCCUCACGCACCCCCGCCGCCCGUUAUAAAGUGGCCCGGUCACGUGGUCUGCUUUAUUGCUCUCACCUGACAACACACAUACACACACACACACACACACACAUCCUCCUCCUCCCCCUCACUCACCUGUUCACAAGCUCCUGAAAACUUGAAACUUCAUCAUACGCGAUGCUCACAUUCAUGUUAAUAUUUGAAUACAAAUUUUGGAAUGACUUGCAUUUUUUACGUAAGCUCCAGAAAACUGUGUGACUUUUUGCACAUUGACAUCUCAUGUUUCUAUUUUCAUGAAUCUUGCACGUAUAUAUGCACUUAUUUUUAACUCGUUUUUCAGCGUGACCGCCAUCAAACUGUGAUUUCAUAUUUCAAAAUAAGUAUGCACACACACACACACACACACAUUCAUGUGUGUGUGUGCAUAUACACAGACAGACAAAACAUGAAUUGAAGAUGAAAACUUAUUUUGAAACACAACCUUAACCUACCGAUUCCAAACACAUCAAUAUUCGAUUCAUAUCAAUUCGAAUGAAUUUGUACACAUUUUGAAGCUUAUUUAGAAUCAUAAUCCACUUCAAAUAAUGACUUUAUAUUCAAAAAGCAACUUCAUAUUAUUAUGAUAUUGAUUUUUUGCCCCCAACAGACAUGAAAUCUCCAUGAAAGGUUAUUUUAAAAGGUUUUCAUCAUUCAAACCAACUAUAAUCAUCAUCAUCAUCAUCAUCAUCAUUUAUAUCGAUGCCAUUUGAAAUUAAUACUCUAUAUUUGCCCAUGAAAGAAUUCAAGCUCAUUUUUUUUAAAGAAACUCUCUCAUUCAUGAAAUUUGUCAAUUGUCAUUAUUCAUUUAUUAUUAUUGAACCAUUUAUUUCUAUCAUGCAUAUUAGAAUAAGAUUUGUUAUUCGUUUUUUCCCUAUUGAAAUGCUAUUCUUUCUCAUUCAUCAUGAAUACUCCAUUUUACAAACUAUUCAACUAUUAAACAAUAAGAAGCUCCUGUCGUGUUGUUGUUCUCGUUUGUUGCAUUCAUCUGUGACGUUCCAAUUGGCGCACACUCGAGUUUAUGGAAUAUUCUCUUGCGGAAACGAAUUCGAAGAAGCGACCAUUUUGAAGGUCACAUGUCAUCGACGUCUUCAUUUUUUUGACUUUCAUGAAAAUGAAGCAAAACAAAAAUAAAAAAAAAAUCAGUCGAUUUCUUGUCGUGGUUGUUUUUGGAGCGUGUGAAAUUUUUGCCCAGCUGUCGUCGUCGCCGUCGUCGAUUUAUGGAUUUACGAGUUUGCCUUUAUUGUUUUACACUCAUGACUUUUCCCUAAGGGACACUUCAUUAGGUACACCCACCCUUCAGCUCUCUAUGCGUGUGCGUGCGUGCGUGUGUGCGUAAAAUACCUCAUUCAUCUCAUUUUUGUUGUUCAAUGAAUUCGUCGUACUUCCAAGAAAAGCCGUAAAAUUAAGUAGCGUUUAUUUUAGUUUUUUUUAUUUCAAAGCAAAACAAGCAAAUCAACCAUAACAUAAGAAUCGUGUAUCAUAAAUGCUCGCUGUCGUCGUAAAAUUAUUUUUGUUGCUCAAAGACGUCGAAGAGUAUUAUUUCAAUCGUUGACAUGUCAAUAAAUUAUGAAUAUUGUUCUUUGAUGUGAAAAACAUUUAAACGGAUUAGUUCAGAAGAGAAAACAACUUAUAAAAGUAAAAACGGUAAUUGUAAAAAUGUUUUUAUCACAAUUAAGAUCAACAGCAUCGUUAAAAAAAACGCAGUACAUUUUUUAUGUUAUUUAUUUUGGGUGUGGCUCUAGAAUUUUGAUGAGAGGAAAUAGUAUAAUUUAAUAAAUAGUAAGAAUAUAUUUUUUUUAAAAUACAAAGCUAAUCGUAAAUUUGGAUGAUGAAAAUAUGAAAUACAAAAAAACCUGAUCCUUAGGCUGUAAUAUAUAUAUAUAUAUAUAAACUCUGUUUUGUUGCAGUAUUUGUUUACAUGACUAAUUCUCUAAAUUUUAUAAAUACAAUAAUAGUGUGUGUAUAGUAUACGUGUAUUAAGGUGUGUUGUGCUCGGCAUCCAUCUUGUGUCACCUGUCGUAAGCAAACAUUAAACAGGCCAACAUGGCCGCCAUCGCCUUUUUUUUUUUUAAUAUUAUACAGCUCCUUGACACACUUCUGCGGCGUACAAUAACGUCUUCGAAAAAUUGCAUCGUGUGACGUAAUGCGAUGCUGCCCUCUUGUGGUCAAAGAUAAAGCGACACUGCAGUGAAGGCGCGGCAGCGUGAAGACUUGAACAACCAAUCACGGCAAAAGCGUGAACAGAUGAACGCUAAAUGCUCUCGUUUCAAAAAUGUUUGAUUCAAAACUUUAUGCACACGUGAGUCAAGCAUCUACAAACCUUCAUUUACGUUAUACAUUUAUGUACAGUCUGGUUCUGGUUGGGUUCUAGACAGAUUGUAAUCAGGUUCAAGUCUGGUUUUAUUCAAGUGCUGGUCUGGUUCUAGUUAUGUUUGCUUCAGGUUGUAGUCAGAUCCUUGUCAGAUUCUGGUUAGGAUCUGGUCUGGUUCUCGUGAGGUUCCAGUCAGUUAAUAGUCAGAUAUUAACCAGGUCCGGUUCAAUCAGGUUCAGAUUCUCGUCAGGUUCUGGUUCUAGUAAAGUCCUGGUUAGGUUUUAGUCAGAGUGUAAUCAGGUUUUAGUCAUGUUCAAGACUGGUUACUGUCAGGUUCUGGUUAGGUUCUACUUCGGUUUCAUUCAGGUUUUGGUCAGUAUGUAGUCUGGUUUUAGUCUAGUUCUAAUAAGGUUACAUUAUGGUUUUGGUCAGAUUCUUAUUAGGAUUUGGUUCUAGUCAGGUUCUAGUCAGAUUGUAAUCAGGUUGUUGUCAGAUUUGAGUCAGGUUCUGGUUGUAGUCAGGUUGUGUUUAGAUUAUAAUCAAUUUGUAGUCAGGUUUUAGUUGGGUUCAAGUCUGUUUCUAGUCAGGUUUUGGUUCGGUUCUACUCAGAUUGUAAUCAGGAUUCAGUCAGGUUUUAGUCAGGGUCAAGUUGAUUUCCUGCCAGGUUCUGCUUAGGUUAGAUACUGGUUAGGAUCUGGUUCUGGCCUAGUAGUAGUCAGACUAAUCAGGUUGUAGUCAAGUUCAAAUUUCAUUCUUGUCAGUUUCUGAUUCUAGUCAGGUUCCUGUCAGGCCUCGAUGAGAUUCUGGUUGGCAUCAGGUCUGAUUUUGGUUUGGUUCUUGUCUGGUUCCGACCAGGUUAUAUUCUUGUUCUUUUCAGGCUCUGGUCAGUUUCUAGACAAGUUCUGGUGAGGUUCUGAUUGUAGUCAGUUUCCAGUUUGGUUGUGUGUGUGUGUUUUAGGUCGAAGCGUUCUUAGAGUGACAAACAUUUUUGGGCUUUCGUUGUGUUUUUGCGCCCUCAUGUGGUCACUUGGGUACUGCAAGUCUCACUGCUACGCAAUGUAGCAGCCAUCCAUUCAUUGAUUGAUUUGAAUUUCAAUUUGGUGGUCUUGAGUCAUGUUUUCACUCGGUGAUGUGGUAUGCUUUGGAUUUUCUUUCGAAGAAAGGACUUUUUGCAGGCAACCAAAAUCUGCUUUCUUCAUAAAACCUCGUUACGACAUUUCGGAGAAAUUCUUGACGUCGAAGUGCCGCGACCGCGUAGUCAUGGAGAUGUCAUUGUGGCACCUGUCGUCAUGGUGACUGUUGACUUUGGUGUUCAAUGUGAGCGUGUCAGCAUGUUGCCGACACGCGUGAUCGUGUUUUUUUUUCUUUCCUUCUCGACUUGACUUUCCAGUGACAUCAUCAAACCUUCUGUUGGCUUCUUUCUUUUUUUUUUUUGUUCGGAAUCUUUCAUUCCUAAUCCCGAUUUCACGUAGUGCGAAGGACAUUGAAAAAAGUAACAACGAGUCUAUUUGGACAAUCUAAGGAGAAAGUACAGAUAUGUUUUUGGAAUAGUCAAAGUAAAAAGUGGUGAGGAAAAAAACUGCUUUGGCACAAAGACCUGCUCAAGGACCAGAAGGACCUGCUGGAGGACCGGGAACUGCUGGAAGACAAGUAGCGGCUUAGUAACACUGGAGGACAAGGACCUGUUGCAGGAUCAGCACCUGCUGGAGGAUGAGGACAUACUGGCAGCCAAGGGCCUACCUGAGAGCCAGAACCCAAUGUAGGAGAAGGAUCUGCUAGAAAAUGAUGACCUUCUGCUGGACAAGGAAUUGAUAGAGGUCAAGGGCCUGCUCAGAGUCAGCUGGAGGAUCAGAACGCAGUAGUGGAAAAGGGCCUACUCGAGACCCAGAACCUGAUUUAGGACCAGGACCUGUUGGACAACUAGGAACUGCUGAAGGAUAAGGAGCUACUUGAGAACCAGGACUUGUUUUAGGACAAUGGGCUACUGAUGGACCAGGACCUGCUAGAGAAAAAGGACCUACUGGUGAACAAGGGUCCACAUGAGAAGCAGAACUGUAUUUAGGACGAAGACCUGGGGGCAAGAUAUUGCUGGAGAAUUAGAACUUGCUCAGAAUCUCCUGGAGUACGAGUAAGUAGUGGCGAACAAGGGCCUGCUUGAGAACCAGGAACUGCUGGAGAAUGAGGACCUACGUGAGAAUCGGGACAUGUUUUAGGACAAUGACCUACUUAUAGUCCUGCUUGAGAGCCAGGACAUCCUUUAAAGGGAGGUACUCAUCAUGAACCAGGACCUGCUUGAGAACCAGGACAUGCUUUAGGGUAAGGAUCUGCUGGAGGACCAGGUCCUAGUGGUGGAAAGGGGGCUACUUCAGAACCAGGACCUGAUUUAGGACAAGCACCUACUAGAAGAUGAGGACCUACAGGUAGACAAGGAACUGAUUUUGAAGGGGCUGCUGGAGGACGAGGACCUGGUGCACGACAGGGUGGCAGAGUCAUCCGGGGACAAGGACCUGCUGAAGGAUCAGGACCUGCUGGAGAACCAGGACCUCUCCCUCAUAUCGGUAGUAGAAGAAGACGUGAAGGUAAUCACAGGAAGUGAGUCAAUAUUUGCGACAGUUCAUCACAUCAAGUCGCCUCAUUUGUCGUGUUUGUUCGACUAAAAGCGAACACGCACGCGUGCACACUGCCAGUGGGCGUGGCCCGGCGCUAUAAAGGCCUCGCAGGUGGCGUGCUCGACCUCACACCGCUCGGCUCCUCUUCAUCAUCAUCUUCAUCCUCAUUGGACCGCUGCAGGUAAGCCCCGCCUCCAAGCGCCGCGGUCGACAGGCGUGCGGUCCUGACGUGCGGUGUGUUCAGCUGCCUGUGAUGGCGUCGUCGUGGCUCCGGGCGUUGACCGUGCUGGUCCUGAUGGCGGCCUGCCGGCCCGCCGCCGCCGAGCCGCAGCACCUGUGUGGCUCGCACCUGGUGGACGCCCUCUUCCUGGUUUGCGGGGACCGCGGAUUCUUCUACAACCCCAAGAGGGACGCGAACCCCCUGCUGGGUUUCCUCCCUCCGAAGGUGGGCGUGGCGGCGGGCGGCGACAACGAGGCGGCGGAGCUGGACUUCCAGGCCCUCCAGGACCACAUGGAGGUGCUGGUCAAGCGGGGCAUCGUGGAGCAGUGCUGCCACAGGCCCUGCAACAUCUUUGACCUGCAGAACUACUGCAACUGAGCGCCGAGCGCAGCCGAGCCUAGCGCAGCCCGGCGGCUUGGUGACGAGAGCAGCGGUGUUGUUGUCUGCCACCAAAAUAAAUGAGAUUAUUUUUCCUAAAAAAAUAAACUUUUCUGAAUGGACAUAGAAGUUUGUUGAUGUUGUUUGACAAUUUCACCCAACAUACAAGUUUUUCCGACACACGAACCGUCAAUCAGCCGUUUUGUUUCUUUUGUCGCUUUGACUUGAGAGCACAAAUUUGAGAUAUGUGCUCUGCGAACGCAACUCGACUCACCAAAAGCUAUUUCGAAAGUGUAAAACAAUAGAGAGAAGAGCAAAUCCGAAAGAAGUAUAAUGAAGACACAGGAGAGAGAUUUUGAGAAAACAAGUCAAAAAAAAAACUCGGAUUAUGAAUUACUAAAUUUACAACAUAAAUAAUACGUAGUUAUAAUUAAUGCCUUACCAUUGUCUGGAGCUUUUCUAGGCACUCAAAGACGCUUUACAAUUUCACAUAUUAUUCAUUCACUCCACAGUCACGCCAAGUGGUGGUAAGCUACUUGUGUAGCCA